CAAUGUCUGUAAAUUGCAGAAAAUGCCGGCAGAAUUUCUGACUCACUCUUUGUGACCAAGAGAAAUCGUACAAAACAGGCGUUGUAAGUUUUGUCAAGGUAUAACUUAUAUUAAACGCUGGCUUUGAUGCAAACCGUUAGAACUUGCCAAUAUUUACAUUGUUACCAGAAUACAAAUUAUCAGACUUCAUGGCCGAUCCACGUUUACGACAAUUGACAAUUAAAACGGGCGUUGUGAAACGUUUGACAAAGGAGAAAACAGUUUGUGAAAAGGAAGUGGUUACAGAGCAGAACCGUUUGGAAAGAUUCAAGGGUGAAGGUGCUGAUGAGCACGUUCUAAAAAAACAAGAAGAAGUAAUAGCUGAGUGUCUUAUGAUGCUUCCAGAUACAUUACGCAGAUUAAGAAAAGAGUUAGAAACCCUUGAAAAAUUCUUGUCAGAGGAAGAAGAACUGAAGGAAGCAAAAGAGUACGAAACGGCAAUACAGGUUGUAAAUGAUGCCAAGGAAGUGCUUGCGAAAAAGGAUUAACCAAUUCGAUGUACAAAAAAAUAUUAAGUCUAAUUUUAUAAGUGCACAAGCAUAAUUCACCAACUCUUAAUAUAAACACUAUUUUUAUUUAAUUGAA